AUGCCUUCAACGCAGUUGACUGGCUGCGAGCUGUUACUGCCCACGGGGACAGCAUCGGAUCCGCAGACUUUCUCGGCUGUACCCACGGUACGCGGGGUGCGCUUCGCAGAGGUGCGCGCCGCCGACCGGGUCGCGGAGGGAUUCCCUCGCUCGCCGGCAGUAGCGGUAGCCCGAGCCACCCCUCCUGAGUGGAGGCGCCGCUGCGGCCCCGAGCACUGCGGGAGGUGGGCAGUGCUCGGUGCGCAGCUGCGUUCACAACUCGAGCCGCCCAGCGGCCGCAGCUACGCGUUUUUGGGGCCUGCAGGACAGUUUACUGGAGAUUUUAUAAGGUGUAGAGGCAGUGGUCAGCCAGCUUCGCUGCUAGUUGCUCCCCCCGGUCACGUCAAGUCAAUUCGCCUUUUCAAAAUGAAGCUCACCAGUAUCAAACUUGCGGCGGCAAUCGCCCUGUUCACCUCCUGCAGAGCGGCGUCGCUUCCCGGCGCGGAAGCCGACCUUUGCGGGCCGGAUAGCUGCGGUGCGGCAGGAACGUAUGUGAACUGUAUGAUCGAAGGCAACGAGCGCAGGUGCCAGUGCGCCAGCGGGUUCACGGUCGCGACUGACGACAAUAACCUGGAAAUCUGCUCCCGUGAUGUUGGCAUGUCGCCUCCGGAGGUGCCAAACGUGCCGGGGACGCCUGAAGAACAGCCUCCUCCGGAAGGACCUGGUGCGGGGCCUGUAGCCCCCGAGGAACUGCCGACUGAGCCUACUCCGGAAGGACCUGGUGCGGGGCCUGUAGCCCCCGAGGAACUGCCGACUGAGCCGACUCCGGAAGGACCUGGUGCUGAAGUUCCGGAGGGAGAACAGACUGAGUCGACUACUCCCGAGGAACUGCCGACUGAGCCUACUCCGGAAGGACCUGGUGCUGAAGUUCCGGAGGGAGGACAGCCUGAGUCGACUACUCCCGAGGAACUGCCGACUGAGCCUACUCCGGAAGGACCUGGUGCUGAAGUUCCGGAGGGAGAACAGCCUGAGUCGACUACUCCCGAGGAACUGCCGACUGAGCCUACUCCGGAAGGACCUGGUGCUGAAGUUCCGGAGGGAGGACAGCCUGAGUCGACUACUCCCGAGGAACUGCCGACUGAGCCUACUCCGGAAGGACCUGGUGCUGAAGUUCCGGAGGGAGGACAGCCUGAGUCGACUACUCCCGAGGAACUGCCGACUGAGCCUACUCCGGAAGGACCUGGUGCUGAAGUUCCGGAGGGAGGACAGCCUGAGUCGACUACUCCCGAGGAACUGCCGACUGUGCCUGAGGAGGAAGAUCAGGUGACUAGCGGAUCUGAGGCUGUGCCGCCUGUAGAGGAAGGACCCGGCGGUAUGCCUUCUGUGCCGCAGGAGGAAGUACAGCCUGAGACACCGUCCGCAGAGGGCGUUGACUUCGCUGAUCAAGCCGUUGUGAAGGUGAUGGCCAAGCGUGCACCCGCGAAGGUGGAAGUCCAGCUGGAUGCGUGCUACACCGUGACGUUCGACCGUGAGAUGAAAACCGUCUCCGUCACCGACGGGAACCACAGCCAAACCGGCGAAAUGUCAGGCAAGCCGUUGAUCGGCGGCGGCUUUGUUUCCCUCUUCUACCAUGACGCGGAGAAGCUCGCCGUUGUCUACGACUUCGAGGAGGAGGACGGAAAAUGGGGUAAUGUUACCGUCGAGAUGCCGUUCACCACGUGCUCUCUGCGAACCGUCAAGGUCGCCGGUGUUCCUAGCAGUGAGGGCUUUGAAGCCGCGCGCGCCUUCGUCACUGCGGAUUUGAAGAAGCUCAUUUCUGCGUAA